UCAAACAUAUCGAUGGAUAUCAUCUAUCACUUUUUAUAUGGUGCAUAUAUUUGGUUAAAGUUGACUAAAAUAGUACUAAACAAUUUUAAACUUAGUUUUUUGUUAGUAUGGCGAGCGGUGUUGAUAAUAAAUUAUUAGUGAAAAAUGAUGAGCUUUUGACUUUAGAUGCUCUUUUAGCAGAGGUUGAUACGGAAUUAAAAAGUGUUGCACCCCAGUUUAGUGGAAAGAGCUUGAGAAAAAUUGAUGUCGACAAUGUAGAGAAUUUCUUGCUACUAAAAUUCAAUGAGUAUAGUGGCCAUGUAGAUGAACCGUUUUCCACAGCUAAUGAUGGUUUUGCAAAGGACAUAAAUGAGAAAAAAGAGUUAAAAAGUCCAACUAAGAUUUUAAAUGGCAAAGAAACUCUGGAAGAUAAAAGAGAAAUAACUAAUAGAUGCAAAUAUAUGGAGGCCUCAUUGAAAUCCAAUGAACAUUCAUAUGUAUAUAUUGACCCUAUUUUUGGUUUAAGAAUACUGGGUCCUCAAAUAUCAAGUGCAUUGUUAAUAGAACGAAUGGCGGGUCGAAAAAUAGUUACAUUCAACGAAUUAUCAAAACAAAUUGACCUAAAAACGGCAUCUGAUUGGGUUAUCGCUGCCGUGUUAAUAUCUAAGGAAGUUAAAUGUAGUUCAAAAAAUUUAAGCCGUUUUACAAUUUGGAGGUUAUCGGAUCUUCAAGGAAAUAUGAAAACCAUUUCAGUAUUACUGUUUCAAAAUGCUCACAAUGAAUUGUGGAAGACAGCUCCAGGUACUUGUGUGGCUAUUCUUAACCCAACUUUUAUUGAAAAAAAAUCAUACACACAAGACAUUGCUAAUCUUUCAAUUGAAAUUGCAAAUAAAGUGUUAAUUUUGGGUAAAUCUAAAGAUUUUGGUAUAUGCAAAGCAAAAAAAAUGAAUGGACAACAAUGUACCAAUUUUAUUAAUUUGCAAGACAGUGAUGUUUGUGUUUUUCAUAUUCGAAAGGAGUUUACAAAAGCUUUUAGACCUUUUGUUGCAAAAAAAAAUAAGUUUGAUCAAAAAAUUCAGACUGCUUGUAGUAGCACAUCUGGGCAGAUUAGUACCAAAAAACUAUUAUAUAAAGAUAGACUAAUAUUGGAUUCAUUAAGUAACACCAAAAUAACAGAAAACAAAAUAACGAAUGAAUGUACCCUAAAAUCGAAUGUGUCAUCUGUACCACAAAAAUAUAAAAAUGAUGGAAUUGCUACCAAAGUUGAAGCAGAUGAAAAACAGCGAAAAACAGACUUGGAACGCGUUAAAUCACUCUAUAUAACACCGAAUUUCUCUAAUAUUUUUUCACAAAAUCAAAGUAGAAUAGAAUUUAAAGGUACAGACACACAUCAAAAAGCCAAGGAUAAAGCUUUUGAAGUAUUAAAAAGAUGUCCCAUUGAAAAAGUUAAUCCUAAUUCAAUUCGUGGAACAGUUGGAGGAAAGAAACGUGUAUUAGACGUACUUAAUGGAUCCGAAAAUUCUAAACGCCGGAAGAUUGAAGAAAACCAUGAUAUGCAUAUAUCAGAUAUAUUUGAAACUGGCUCAAACCAUAGAGAUUUGGUAAACGUACGACAAAAGCAAGAAGAAGAAAAAUAUUUUAUUAGGUUAGAAAAGAAAGAAGCAAUGGAGGAAAAAAUGCUAAAAACAUUUUCAAUAUCUUGUAAAGCUGUCAUAUGCAAGGAUUGUAAAUAUACUGCUUUUUCUGCCGCUGACCGUUGUAAAAAUGAGAAGCACUCUUUUAAAAUAAUUGACGCCGUAAAACGAUUUUUUCAAUGCAAGGACUGUGGAAAUCGUACAAUUACGCUUUUUAAGCUUCCCAAAUUUAGUUGUUCUAACUGCAAAGGCUCCAGGUGGGAACGUAGUGCAAUGGUACGCGAUCGAAAGCUGAACGAUUUACCAAUACCAUUUUCUAUAAGAGGAGACGAAGAGAAAUUUUUAGGGACCACAAAUUCAAAACUGAAUGUUAAUCUCCUUAUGCCGCAAUAUUAGCAAAUUACUGCAGUUAUUUGCUUAAUUAAGUAUUAAUAAAGCACCUUUGUCAAUGAUUUAUAAAUACAUUAGGGGGAUUCUCUUGCUCUUGCAAAACCCUUGCACCCUGUGCCAGAUGUCAUUUUAUAUAAAGUUAAGUUUUGAAUAGAUUUUAUAAUUUCUAUCUAAAUUAUUAAAAAUUAUAUAAGUUUUUUUUAAGAAUGAAGGCAGAUGGUGCGACAAUUAGUAAGGGUCAUUAUAAAUAAAUUGCUCUUCAUAAGCCUUGCAUAUUUCGGUAUUGGAUUUUUGCAUUUUGUGUCAUCGUGCAAUCUUCCAAAAGCAAGAGAAUCCCCCUAUUAUGUCAAAUAAAGACUUUACAAACUUGCAAAAUA